CCUCAGCCCGGAGAAGUGUCACCGGCCCCCGGGCUCACACACGCUCAUCCACCGGUGGAGACGGAGAAAAGACAGCGGCAGGAAGAGGAGCGGCGCCAGGUGAAAUGGACGAACCCUCGGAUCAGAUGAGGCCCCUCCUGAGAUCAGGUCUAGACGAAGAGGCGAUUGUUGACCAUGGAAAGACAAGCUUCACCACUCACUCCAACUAUGAGACGGAAGAUUUGGAAAGCCACAGAGCCGUGUACGUAGGUGUCCACGUUCCUCUUGGAAGAGAGUCCAAGCGGAGGCAUCGUCACCGAGGACACAGACACCACCGGAAGAAAAGAGAGAGAGACGCUGACGAGGGGAAGGAAGAUGGCCGGGAAUCCCCAUCUUAUGACACUCCCUCCCAAAGGGUCCAGUUCAUCUUGGGUACAGAGGACGAUGACCUGGAGCACGUCCCCCAUGACCUCUUCACUGAGCUGGACGAGCUCUCCUUCAGAGACGGAAACAAUGCCACUGAAUGGAAGGAGACUGCCCGAUGGCUGAAGUUUGAGGAGGAUGUGGAGGAUGGUGGAGAGAGGUGGAGUAAGCCCUACGUGGCUACACUGUCGCUACACAGCUUAUUUGAGCUACGUAGCUGUAUACUCAACGGCACUGUCAUGCUGGAUAUGAGAGCCAACACUAUCGAGGAUAUCGCAGACAUGUUGAUAGACAGCAUGGUGGCGUCGGGCCAGCUGAAGGAGGAGCUCCGUUUCCAGGUGCGAGAAGCCAUGCUGAAGAAGCACCACCACCAGAACGAGAGGAAGCUCAGCAAUCGCAUCCCUCUGGUGCGCUCCAUCGCUGACAUAGGCAAAAAACACUCUGACCCGCUCUUGCUUGAGAGAAACGGAGAGGGCCUGUCCUCUUCCCGUCUUUCUCUCUUCAAGACAGGGGCAUCCUCCUCUGUCUCCAACCUGUCCCAGAGACGAGAGUCCCGAGUCUCCGUCCUGCUCAACCACCUCCUGCCCUCUUCUUACUCCAACUUCGGGUCCACCCCAGGUCUCUCGCCCCUCACCACCCCACAAAGUACCCCUUCUUUCUUCCGGCGCUCCUCCCAAAGCCCGCCAUGCACCCGUGGCACAGGCCCUGGCCCUCAUGGCAUCCCAGAGGUGGUGGUAUCGCCUCCAGAGGAUGACGACCCACCGAACUCUACAGAAGACAAGGCGGCAUCGCCACGGCUCAGCCGACGAGCAUCCUCGGCAUCCCAGGGCCUGGAGAUGCUGCCCUUAGAAGGACCCAUGGCGUCUCCGAACUCCUUCCCAAACAACCUGGAUGGCAAUAAGCCAGUGGAAAGGAGGCCAUCCAAAGUAGGGGUCAGUAGAGAAAGCAGCAGUGUCGACUUCAGCAAGGUGGACAUGAACUUCAUGAAAAAGAUUCCUCCGGGUGCAGAGGCUUCCAACGUGCUGGUGGGAGAAGUGGACUUCCUGGAGAAGCCCAUUAUUGCCUUUGUACGGCUGUCUCCAGCGGUCCUUAUCACGGGCCUCACAGAGGUGCCUGUCCCCACGAGGUUUCUCUUCCUGCUUCUGGGUCCUCACGGUAAAGGGCCACAGUACCAUGAAAUUGGCAGAUCAAUGGCCACACUCAUGACAGAUGAGAUUUUCCAUGAUGUGGCGUACAAAGCCAAAGACCGAACGGAUCUCCUCUCUGGGAUUGACGAGUUCCUGGAUCAAGUGACUGUCCUGCCUCCUGGAGAAUGGGAUCCCACGAUUCGGAUCGAGCCCCCAAAGAAUGUCCCAUCACAGAUGAAGAGGAAGAUACCAACCACGCUCAACGGGAGUGCGUCUCAAGCCGGAGACAUGGAAAAGGAAGAGGAACAUGAAUCAGGACCUGAGCUGCAGAGGACGGGGAUGAUAUUCGGGGGUCUGAUCUGGGACAUCAAGCGGAAAGCACCGUUCUACUGGAGCGACAUCCGGGACUCCCUCAGUCUGCAGUGUCUCGCCUCCGUCCUCUUCCUGUAUUGCGCCUGCAUGUCCCCCGUCAUCACAUUUGGAGGUCUGCUGGGAGAGGCGACCAAAGGCAACAUAAGUGCCAUCGAGUCUCUGUUCGGGGCGUCGCUGACCGGAGUGGCCUACUCCCUCUUCGCGGGCCAGCCCCUCACUAUUCUUGGCAGCACGGGGCCCGUUUUAGUGUUUGAGAAGAUCCUCUUCAAGUUCUGCACCGACUAUGGCCUCUCCUACCUGUCACUGCGAACCAGCAUCGGCCUGUGGACGGCCUUCCUGUGUCUGGUCCUGGUGGCGACGGAUGCCAGCUCCCUGGUCUGCUACAUCACCAGAUUCACGGAGGAGGCCUUUGCCGCGCUCAUCUGCAUCAUCUUCAUCUACGAGGCUCUAGAGAAGCUGUUUCACUUGGGGGAGAACUACCCGGUCAACAUGCACAGCGAGUUGGACAAUCUUACUCUGUAUUCGUGUCAGUGCUCUCCACCAGCCAACGUCACGUACGAGCAUGAGCAGAAGUGGAAUCAGUCGGGUUACGACCCAGACUCUGUCCCGUGGAGCAGCCUCAGUGUUUCGAUGUGUAAAACGCUGAAGGGGGAGUUUGAGGGUCCCGCCUGUGGUCACGAUGGUCCCUACAUCCCAGAUGUUCUCUUCUGGUCGAUCAUCCUCUUCUUCACCACCUUCUUCCUCUGCUCCUUCUUCAAGCAAUUCAAGACGGAGAGAUAUUUCCCCACCAUGGUGCGCUCCACCAUCAGCGACUUUGCUGUGUUUAUAACCAUCAUGGUCAUGGUGCUGGUCGACUAUCUAAUGGGCGUCCCAUCUCCCAAACUGAAUGUUCCUGACCGCUUUGAGCCUACUUCAAAGAACCGGGGCUGGCUAAUGGACCCGCUAGGAACCAACCCCUGGUGGACACUGCUGGUAGCUGCACUUCCUGCCCUGCUCUGCACCAUCCUCAUCUUUAUGGACCAGCAGAUCACUGCAGUCAUCAUCAACCGCAAGGAGCACAAACUCAAGAAAGGCUGUGGCUAUCACCUGGACCUGCUGAUCGUGGCCAUCAUGCUGGGCGUGUGCUCCAUUAUGGGCCUGCCGUGGUUUGUGGCUGCGACGGUCCUCUCCAUCUCCCACGUGAACAGCCUGAAGGUGGAGUCCGGCUGCUCGGCUCCCGGAGAGCAGCCCAAGUUCCUGGGCAUCCGAGAGCAGCGCGUCACCGGGUUCAUGAUCUUUGUCCUCAUGGGUUGUUCGGUUUUCAUGACCUCAGUGCUCAAGUUCAUUCCAAUGCCAGUGUUGUACGGAGUCUUUCUCUACAUGGGUGUCUCCUCCCUCAAAGGAAUCCAAUUCUUUGACAGAAUCAAGUUGUUUGGUAUGCCGGCCAAGCACCAGCCGGAUCUGAUCUAUCUCCGCUAUGUGCCGCUGUGGAAGGUCCAUGUCUUCACCCUGGUGCAGCUCACCUGCCUGGUGCUGCUCUGGGUCAUCAAGGCCUCUUCAGCGGCUGUUGUGUUUCCCAUGAUGGUUCUGGCGCUGGUCUUCAUCCGAAAGCUUCUGGACUUCUUCUUCACCAAGAGAGAGAUGAGCUGGCUGGACGACUUGAUUCCAGAAAGCAAGAAGAAGAAAGAGGACGACAAGAAAAAGAAAGCUCGGGAAAAACUGGAGGCCGAGGCCAGGCGGCAGAAAGAGGGGAUGGCACUGAAGGUCGGCUUUGAUGGAGCCAACCACCUCAGCAUCCCAGUGAAGACCCUCUCAGGGAGAUCAUACAGAAUAGGAGUAUUGACCCACAGCCUUCCAAUGGAAGAAGAGCCAGGAGAAGUUGGCCUGCGUUAGAGUGGACGUCAGCCCCGAGUCGCCUGCAGCAGGUUCCACUUCAGAGUCCUUCCUGUGAGCAAAGCAAGGCCCUCCUUCCCUCCUGGUUCCUUCUCGCACACCAACACUCCAUCUUUGUGGGAAAGAGGGGCGUAGACCUGAAGCAGCACAACCUGCCUGCAGAGCGGCCACCUCCAGGGGGCGGCGGACCAGCUCCCUCCCCUACACCCCGGGGCGGUGAGUCCUCUCCAGUCUUUUGAGGGGUGAAGCACAUAAUGUACAAAUAGCUGCCACGACGUGCUGUAGAGCGCACGCCUCCGAGGAACAGAGGAACCCUGCUGUCAACUGCCCACCGACGCUCACUGUUUAGGAACCCUCUCUAGCAAAUCGGCCGUUCAAACCACAGAUGCCAAAGGAAGGGGGCCUCCCUCCUGGGGAAUGUUGGACUGUGCGAAUUUGAUUUUAUUUUUUAACCCCUCGUGUAUUUUAAUUUCAAUUUUACUGUCUUUCUUUUAGCUGGUCUCAGUCCCGUAGAUGUCUGUGCGUUGUCCUGUCCUGUUUGUCUCUGUGUGUUCCAGGUCGAUUUAAGACCUUUUCGCUAAACGACACCAGCUUCUAACACACAUUCGAUAAUGAGGCCAUGUUGUGUUUCAGAAUUGGCCCGGCACACUACAGUACACGACACAAACCAAAACCCAGGUACGGUCAGUCAGACUCCACACGAUACCUGCAUACAUCUUUGUAGUCCUACUUACAAAUACCUUCUCCUUCCUCCAGGGGGAGCACUCAGUGUUCAUAUUGCUGCUUUGAAAGUCAGUCAGUUUAUUUUCACUGUAAACCUCACUGUUUAUACAAUAUCUGCUGUUAUAGAAUAUCACGAUAUGUAUGUAUGUAUGUAAACUGUGUUCUCUUCAUUUGAAACAUAUAGAAAACCUACUUCUGAGGCCAUAUUAAGUCUGUACUGUACAGUAAGCACUUUCCCCAGUAUAGAUUCUUACCUAGAAAAUGGAUUAUAUAGUGUGUUUAACGGAAAGGUUUCUUCACCCACCAAAUCUGCAGAGCUGUUCUUCAAAUGUCAAACAACUCAGGAAUCUCGAAGGAUUUCUGACUGUAGUAACUCGAUAUUUUUGUCACCAGGCGGCGAUAGUUAACUGUCCACUGUGUCCCUGUCAUCGCCGGUACCGCGACUAUUUUCAUAAAUGCUGUAAAUCAUUCAACCUAGAGGGUGCAGGAGAAAAGCAACAGUAUAUUUGUGACCCCCCCCCCCCGGUUAGUUGCACCUGUUUUUAUACUGUCUGUUAUAAUGUUAGUAAUAGUGUACGUGUGGUGUAAAGACUAGUGAACGUCUAGCGUUGCAAAAUCAUUUUAUGCAAGUCUACAGUAAGUGUAAAAAAUAUUCUAUUCUAUGAAGUUGUUCUUAUUUUUGCCGCGUGCAGUCGUGUUUUUAGCAAUAAGUGAGUGUUCCAUACUGUGGCAACGUGUGGACUCGUGACCCUGAGCUCAUGUUCGGGCAAAAGGAUAAUUAGUGAAACGAUUGUCGUGUCCGUUUUCCUCGGCUCUGUCUGUGUGUAGCUGCAGUGACUAUACGAACAAUAGCUUAUCUACGUGCCUUGUUGGAGAUCUUAAUGUACAAGUCUAAUAUAAGUGUUCAGAACAGAUGUACACACAUUUACAUACACAAACAAGAUGGCACACAAACGCCAAAGACUGACCAUGGUCACUUUACGCGGCUCAGUGUUAUGUUCGUCUGAAUGGGAUUCCACGUCCGAGUGAAGGUCGUAGCCUGAGCCACCGACUCGCACCAUGUGAUCUGUGUUAUCUUCCAUCUUCUGCUGUAACUCUACCCCGGCACAGUGUUUCUACUGCCACAGCACAAACGCUCUGUCAUCAGUAUUGAGGUACUGUGUUUUUGUUUUUUAUUAUUAUCAGUGAGUUGGGAAAUAACUUUACUGGCAUCCUCAAACAUGACGUUUACUCCAAAUCUUACUCUGAAAUCCUGGUUCUAGCUCUUUACAUGAUAAUGUAAUUUGUCCACCGACUUCUAACUUAUUAUUUCUUAAUUAUAUUCAUUAUUUUGAUUAUUUUUAUUUUUUUAAAGACCCAAUGUUCCCAUCAUCCAUCUCAUUAAGAUUUAUCACCUUAAAGAGGUGGACGAACUUCAUCAGCAACAAACCAUCAUCACAACGACAAUGCACACGAACAGACGUGACAUCAGUGACGCACACUGCCACCUGCUGUUGUCUGGAAUGAUGACUUCCGUGUCAUGGCUGUUUGAUGCAAAGCAAUAAAAGUGUAAACAUGGUGACUUCC